AUGGUGGGAUCAUCAGUCCUUCAUCAGUGCAAGUUGUUGAUUCCCACUCAUGGGAAUAGCCCAGAAAUUGAUUCGAGUUCGAAAAGGGAACAAGAAUGUAUCUUCCUUCUGAAGAAAUGCACUAGUGUGGAGGAAUUGAAGCAAGUGCAUGCUCAAAUUCUAAAGUUGGGAUUAUUUUGUAAAUCCUUUUGUGCCAGCAAUCUUGUUGCCACUUGUGCUCUUUCAGAAUGGGGCAGCAUGGACUACGCAUGCUCGAUAUUUCAACAUAUAGAUGAUCCUGAUUCGUUUGAUUUCAACACUAUGAUUAGAGGACAUAUCAAGCAUAUGAACCUAGAACGAGCUCUGUUUACAUAUCUUGAGAUGCUCGAUUCAGGAAUAGAACCAGACAAGUUCACAUAUCCUGCUGUUCUCAAGGCGUGUGCUCGUUUAUCAGCUGUGGGACAAGGGGCUCUUGACUUGGCUAUGUGUACACAUGGGUAUUUAUUGAGGAACCUAUCUGGACUCAAUGUUAUAGUGGGAACAUCCUUGAUAGACCUAUACAUGAAAUGCGGAUUCGUGGAUAGAGACCUCUUCUUUCUCCCACUUCCUUUUCACUCUUCUGAUGCUUUUCUCCCGGACCAUCUUGGAGAAGUAGUAUAUGAGCUCCCAGAUGUUGGUAAAUCUGCAGCACAGGGCAGUGGCUUUGGCUCAAUUGAAAGUGUAUAA